AUGGAGACACCUUUUUUACACAUCUUUGCUGGAAAUCUCUCUUAUGGGACAUCUUCUGAAAGUAACAGAAGAAGAAGGAGGAGGAGGAGGUCAAAACUCAAUGGGUGGCCGUGGUUCUUCCUCCAAGGGAAAGUCUUCUANACUAGAGUAACAGAAGAAGAAGGAGGAGGAGGAGGUCAAAACUCAAUGGGUGGCCGUGGUUCUUCCUCCAAGGGAAAGUCUUCUAAGAAGAAAAGGUCCAAAAUUUCUUCUGAGGCUCGGCGGAAGAAGAGGAGUAGGAGAAAUAAAUCCAAGAAGCUUCGACGUCGUGAUGAUUCUGUUUCUUGUUAUUCUGAUGAUGAUUCAAGAAGUUCGGAGUCUGUUUUUUCUUCUGCUUCUGAGGAUGAUUAUAAGAGAAGAAGGGCUCGAUCUCGCGCAAGAAAGGAUGUGAAGAGUGGUAGGAAAAAACGUCAAAGAAGCUCUUCUAGCAGACAGGGCAGCAAAGAUUCACCUCGUGUUAGAAAGAGAAAAGGUUUGAAGAGAAAUCAUGACUCUGAGGUGAGGAAGAAAACCCAAAAGAAAAGGCCUAGAAGAGAUGCUAGUAUCAGUUCCACGAGUGGUGAAAAGCGGAGCUGCUCUACUUGUCAAGAUCGAAGUGGUAGCAGUAGUGACGUGAGUGAAUUUGAGAGGUCUAGUAGAAGGUCUAGAGGAAACAAGAAAGAUAAGAUAGAUUCCAUUAGGCCUAGGCGGCAAUCCAAAGACACUAGAACAAGGUCCCCUAGUUGUUCUUCAUUUAGUAGGUAUAGCUACAGUAGGGGUAAUCACAUCGAGGAGGAAUUGGCAAGUGAGAAUAAUUCAAAGCGUUUGAGAUCAGUUAUUUCCAUCGCAAAACAACCAGAGGAGAAAGAGGAAAAGAAAUGCGGUAAGGAUGAGCAUAAAGAAGAGAUCAUGCAUGAUCAUGAUGAUUACCCUUCUUGCAGAAGCAAUGACAGUAAUGACGGAGGCAGUAAGAGGGAGUUACCUCAUCAUUCACAUGUUGCAGAUGAUAAGAGGAGGAAAGUAGAAAAUGUUGUGGGAAGGGCACCUUUUGUUGCUAACACUACAUCAACUGUGUACGCUGAAAGUGGUAAGAAUGAUCCUGGCCAACAAGAUGGAAUUAAUGUUCCACCAGCUGGGAUUAAGACAAUUGAGACAGAGAUGGUAAAUGUCAACAAGGUUUCUGCUGCCACUGCUGGUUCAGAUGGCAACGAUUUGGAGUCAGUUUUGAGGCAAAAAGCCUUGGAGAAUCUAAGGAAGUUUCGAGGAGGGCUUCAAACAAAUUCAACGACUCUUGCUGAUCAGAAAAGUGAGGGUGACAGUGAUGUGAAACAAGUGUCCACUACUAAGGCCGAGUUGCUUCAGAUCAAGUCACCCUUUCAGGAUGGUUCUUGUGUGGUAGGUACAACCCGAUUAGUAAAUCAGAGCAGUACAACUACACCAAGAAGAGAUUCCUCUCACCCCACCGUGGUUAGAGGUAAGAUCCCAGAUGGAAGAUAUUGUGGACCUGAAUCUGGAACUGCUAAACAGAAUGUUAUUUGUCCACCAGAUGGGGCAAUUGUCUCUGUUAAUCGCAAAGAAAUGGAACAUACUAGUGCUUGUGUUGUCACUGGUAAAUCCGAACCCAGUGGGUCAAAACUGAUUCGAGAGUCUUCUGGCACUGCCUCCACCCUGAAGCAGGCAACCCUGUCACCAGCACCUUCUAAGGGAACUUUGUUGGUGACCAAGAGCUUUGUCAAUGAGAUUGCAGAUGAAACAUCUCAAACUAUUGCCAAGAGUGGUAGCAACAAUCAUAGUACAGGAGUUAAACCAACAUCUGAAGAGCAUAGCUCAAAAGAACAGCAAGAUGAAGGCAAGGAUGGCUCACAGUUUGAGCAUAGGACAAUGUCUAUGGUGAGAGGAGGUGAAGUGGUACAGGUGAGCUACAAGAUUAAAAUCCCCAAGAGAGCACCUGCUCUGGCUAGGCGGCAACUCAGGCGGUGAUGUUUGAGUUGCAAGUGUGGUGCUAAUAAGAUGAAUUGGGGAUGAUUCUGCAUCUACCGGCUAUGAAUGAUUGUUACAUUCGAAGGGGAAAUGUCUACUGAUAAAAUUAAAGGAUAGGACACUUUUGAAGAACCAAACUGCACUUGGCUUUCCCUUCAAAUGGAAAUUUUUUUGGAACAUGUUAACUGGCCCCAAUGCUGGGGGGGCGAGCUUUUCAGGAAAACUGGAAAUAAUGAUUAUGAAUUAUAAUUGUACGUUUUGUGUUGGAAAUAAUAGUUUCAGUUUUACUGUACUUGUUCUCUAUCUCAGAUAAAUAUUGUGGCAUGCCAUCUCUCUCUUGGCCUGAAUUUCUGCUGCAAGCUUUAACUAUGAAUAUGUAUC